AUGGACGGUACCGAGGGUUUGGUCAGAGGUGCCGCUGUCACUGACACCGGUUCUCCUAUCUCCGUGCCAGUCGGCCGUGAGACCUUGGGUCGUAUUAUCAACGUUGUUGGUGAGCCAAUCGAUGAGAGAGGUCCUAUCAACUCCAAGAAGAGAAACCCAAUCCACACUGAGCCUCCUUCGUUCGUCGAGCAAUCCACUUCCGCUGAGGUUUUGGAGACUGGUAUCAAGGUCGUCGACUUGUUGGCCCCAUACGCCAGAGGUGGUAAGAUUGGUUUGUUCGGUGGUGCCGGUGUCGGUAAGACCGUUUUCAUCCAAGAGUUGAUUAACAACAUUGCCAAGGCCCAUGGUGGUUUCUCUGUCUUCACCGGUGUCGGUGAGAGAACCAGAGAGGGUAACGAUUUGUACCGUGAGAUGCAAGAGACCGGUGUCAUCAACUUCGAGGGUGACUCCAAGGUCGCUCUUGUCUUCGGUCAAAUGAACGAGCCACCCGGAGCCAGAGCUAGAGUUGCUUUGACCGGUUUGACUAUUGCCGAGUACUUCAGAGAUGAGGAGGGUCAAGAUGUCUUGUUGUUCGUUGACAACAUUUUCAGAUUCACCCAAGCCGGUUCUGAGGUCUCUGCUUUGUUGGGUCGUAUUCCAUCCGCUGUCGGUUACCAGCCAACCUUGGCCACCGAUAUGGGUGCCUUGCAAGAGAGAAUUACCACCACCAAGAAGGGUUCCGUCACCUCUGUCCAAGCCGUCUACGUGCCAGCCGAUGACUUGACUGACCCUGCCCCAGCCACCACCUUCGCUCACUUGGAUGCUACCACUGUGUUGUCCAGAGGUAUCUCUGAGUUGGGUAUCUACCCAGCUGUCGACCCAUUGGACUCUAAGUCUAGAUUGUUGGACGCUUCUAUCGUUGGUAAGGAGCACUACGAGGUUGCCACCGGUGUCCAGGAGACUUUGCAAUCUUACAAGUCCUUGCAAGAUAUCAUUGCCAUUUUGGGUAUGGAUGAGUUGUCCGAGCAAGACAAGUUGACCGUCGAGAGAGCCAGAAAGAUCCAAAGAUUCUUGUCCCAGCCAUUCGCUGUCGCCGAGGUUUUCACUGGUAUCCAAGGUAGAUUGGUUAGAUUGGAGGAGACCGUCAAGUCUUUCAAGGAUGUCUUGGAGGGUAAGUACGACCACUUGCCAGAGAACGCUUUCUACAUGGUUGGUGGUAUCGAGGAUGUUGUCGCCAAGGCUGAAAAGUUGGCUGCUGAGUCUAAGUAA